UUGCCUGUGGGAGAAGUGGACUCAGCCGGGAUGGAUCUCAUAUUUAGGGGGUUUCCUCUGAAGAAGCCCGGAGCCCUUUCUGCCCCUCCGUGCAGGGGCAGCUCUGUCAGCACCAACCUUCUGUCCUGCUCUAACUUGGCCCUAUGUAGUGAACGAGUAAAAAGUAAAGAAUGUUUUUCUUCAUUGCCUCUUCGAAGAACCGAGUUUGAAAAUUAAAGUUUUGCUCUGCCUCUAGCAAAAAAGUUUAAUUCCUCUUUUAUUUUGGAAAAUAAACCCUGUUUGAAGUCACGAAGAGAGCUUAUAGUUGAUACAUCAGGCGACCAAGCAGCAAAGCUUGAUAUAUUAGAAAAGCAAGCAAUAAACUUUUUGAUACAUCAGGCAAACUUCGGCUGAAUUCCAACGAGCAGCUUUAAGGGAGUAAACAUGAAUCUGCCCACGGGCGUGCUGUUGAUUUGAGGUGGACAUGACGUUGCCACUCUCAAAACCUUUUAUAAACAAGUGCCACAGAAGGUGCAGCUGCUAAAUCUACAAAGUGUGGGAGUCUUUGCUGUCUGCUCUUGCCCUCCCACAGCGCUGGUCCAGCUGCCCGGCUCUGCUCCUCCACUGGCAGCUGUAGGAUAGAAUUCAGCCGCGAAAGACCCAUCGCACUCUGUGAGGCACCGCUGGACCCAUGCUGUUUUCCGUCCAGGAAGGCGGGAAAACGGAGAACGAGCACAUCGACCUGAAAGUCGCCGGGCAGGACGGCUCCGUGGUGCACUUCAGAAUAAAGCGGCACACUCCGCUGAGCAAGCUCAUGAAGGCGUACUGCUGCCGACAGGGCUUGUCAAUGAAGUACAUUAUGUUCCUGUUUGAUGGACGGCCCAUUAAAGAAGCAGACACACCUGCACAGCUGGGGAUGGAACACGACGACACCAUCGAAAUGUACCAGCAGCAGACAGCAGGAGGGUGCUAAGACACAGCAUCUUUUGGAGAACAGUUUGAGGAUCCUCGUCUCACCCUGCUCUCUCUUUUGUCCUCAGAUUUGCUGUUUUAUUAGGGAACAAAUGAACGUGCCAGUCACACAGGGCUCUUUGAAACUUCACAGGAUAUUUACCAAAGUUGAUUGUUGUCUUUGAUAUUCUGAGUGCACAAGUCAAAAUAGUAUCUUCAGGGAUUGAGCUGUGUCUGAAUUUCACUGUUUUAAAUUCAGAUUAAGUAAUGUGUGUUGUCUCUCUGUUGUUAGCCUUUGUUUGUAUUCUCUUUUUUCUUUCAUUAAAUUUUUGGCCUAAGCAUUCAUCCAUGUGUUGGGACACUGAGUGUUGAUUCCUGGCUCUGGUUGGUCUUGUCCCUCUGUUUUAACUCAAAUUAUAUAAAUAGUUCAAUGUGUUUUCAUGCUAAGUGUGAGUUUGAAAGUUUCCUUUUAAGAUGUGCCCGAGAGAAGGAACACAGAUACAGGUUUUAGGUUUUUAGCUUGUGUUACAGAUUCAGUCAGUCCAUUGGGCAGCAUCCUGCUCUUGACUGGGGCUAGAACACAAUACAGUGCUUAGGAUAGGGUUUAAGUACUUUACAUGUGUUUUUUCAUAUUAUGAUAAAGUAGGCCAAAAUAUACUUUUUUAGUGCAGAAAUGGGAUUUUUUUUUUGGCCUGCACUACUGCAGAACUGGAGGUAGCAGGGCAGCUGGUCCAAAAACUUAAUGUUUGUGAUAGAGUAGUUGUGUUUUUUCUGUUGUGCAAGGUUAUAAAAAUCCCAUUACUGAAAUUCCAGCUGUUUGCUGAGGGCUGGGCAGCAUCUGUCCCUUUGCCCUGCUCCCUUAGCUCUGAUUCUUUCUCUGUGGGCACUGGAAGUCUGCGGCCUCAGGUUUCUUUUUAAUACCUCUUUUUGGUAGAUAAACUUGGUAAAUGAGAGGGGGCAAAUGCCUUUUAAUGUCACCAAACUGUGCAGAAGAGCUAGUAAGUGAGGAGAGACAUUUAGGUGUCUUCAAAAACAAAGUAAUAAUAAACUACUGUCCUGCCCCUCCA